AUGAAACGUCAGCAGCGCCGGCGGGAUCGUCUCGCUCAGAGGUCAGCGCUCAGAGCCGCACAGAUCAAAGAGAGCGUGUCCAGAGCCAGCGGACGCACCCAUCCUAAACCACACACAGCUGAGCGACUGAAGAGUGUGUCUGAGGUGCGGAUCAGCUGUGAUGAACACAGACGCCGUGAGGAGGAGAAGAUGUACGACCGCACACACAGAUUGUACAAUCAGUUAGAGGAAGUUAAACAGAAGAAGGAGCUGCGGAGCCGUCAGGAAUCAUACGCUAAGAACCGUGAGAAGGCCAGAGACUUCCAGAAGAAGACUCUGGAGAAACUGAGGGCCAAACUGAACCGCUGAGGUGUUUGGAGAUUCCUUGCUGCUGUUUGUUAUUAGUCUCAAUCAGAUUUUAAAGUGCCAAGCAGUUUUAUCUUUGUGUCUGUUUGUUAUGU